AUGAAAAUUGUUUUAAUAAUUUCUGGAGUUGUCCAAACAGAAAAAAAAUUAAAGUUUUUGGAGAUGAAGAAGCUUCUCAAAGUUAUGCUCUUCUUGAUAGCUUAUUUCACGUGCUCAGUGGCUAUGGUACCUUAUCGUGGUUGCAACGUGAUCGGGCUAGCUCCUGGGGGUGGAUUUGGAAAGCACCAGACGAGUGAGUUCAAGGAGAAAAUUUAUUCCGGUCGUAAGUUAGUAUCUGGUCCGAGUCGUAGUUCUUGCGGCCACUAAAUGUCUGGAUGGUAACUAGUCAGAUUAUUAAUAAUAAUAAGAUCUUGAUCGUUCCAACUAUAUUUUCUUGGUC